AUGUGGUUUCAGCACGAUGGGGCGCCAGCACACUUCAGCAUUGAUGUACGGAAUUACCUGAAUGCCACGUUUGGUGCUCGAUGGAUUGGGCGUGGUGGACCAAUCCCUUGGCCACCCCGAUCUCCCGAUUUAUCGAGCCUCGAUUACUUUUUAUGGGGACAUCUAAAGCAUCUUGUUUAUGAGACUCCAGUUGACUCAGAUGAGGAUCUCGUCGCUCGCAUAUCUGUAGCUGCUGCAGGUGUGCGUGAAAUACCAGGCAUCUUUGAACGUGUACGCCAAUCGCUCCACCGACGCUGUCAAGCAUGUAUCGCUUCUGGUGGACGCAAUUUUGAACACUUACUGUAA